UUCAGAAAAAGAACGAAGAUCUGUCUUCAAGCUGCAGUGAAUGGGUAAGCAGGAGAUAAAUAGUUGCUUUUAAAUCUUGGUGUAUUUAUAGAAGAAACCUCUGCACUUCAUUUACUUAUAUAUAACAUUUGGGUUCCACUGUUUGCCAAAACGAUUUUCCAGAAUGGCUUAUAAAGGUGUAUUACUAGGAUGUCCUCCUAAGUGUUGAGAAGCCUAACAAUGUUCUUCCAGUCAGAGAUUUUGCCUAGAUGGGAACUGUAUCUUUACUUGUUUCUUUCUUUUGGCUUUCAUUUUUAUUCUUUCUAUGAAGUCUUCCAAACUUCUCAAGAAUAUGAGGAAGAACUUGAUAGAGAAUUUGAACUGGAGAAAAAUACACUGGGGUUGAGGAAGGAUCCAGUUGAUUUUGAAUGGAGUUUUUGGAUGGAAUGGGGCAAAAGAUAUAUACUGUGGCUUCUUUUUGGUCACUUGGUGGUAUCACUAGUAUCCAGCAUUUACAUGGAAAAGUACAAACCUUGGUUUCUGAUGGUCUAUGGAAUUGCUGCUUGUUGGUUUCUGCUGGGGUCCAAAGGACUGACUAUGAUUUUUCUACAUGUCAGUGUCUCGUAUUUAGUAGCCCAAUUGAAAAAUCCAGUCCUUACAUGGUUGACUUCCUUGCUACUCUUGUCAACUCUGCAACUAUCUGCCAUAGAAGAAGUGAAGAGAGGCUGGUAUGCCAGUGAAAAUGAGUAUUAUCUGCUAGUUUUCACCCUGAUUGUCCGCUGUCUCUAUUAUACAAGCUUCAGUCUAGAAUACUGUUGGGAUAGGACUACUGAGACGAUACAGCAUUCAUUCCUUUGGAUGUUGUCAUAUACGUUCUAUUAUCCUGUGUUUCACAACGGACCUGUUAUCACCUUUGAUGAAUUUUAUAAACAGAUGAACAAACAGCAAACCUGCAAUUGGAAGUCCAGUCUGUCUCUUUUCAUCUGGGGAGCCAUUCGUAUUUUGAUUUGGUGGUGGUUGGCAGAAUUGAUGAUUCAUUUUAUGUAUAUGCAUGCUAUCUACAGUAGCCUUUCACACCUGGAAGCUGUAACUUACUGGACAUUAGGUGGCCUUGCACUGGCUCAAGUCCUAUUUUUUUAUGUGAAAUACCUUGUACUUUUUGGUGUUCCAGCACUUGUUGUUCGCAUGGAUGGACUCAAGCCUCCUGAUUUACCUCGCUGUGUAAGCACCAUGUACAGUUUUUCUGGAAUGUGGAGAAGUUUUGAUGUUGGAUUGCAUAAGUUUCUUAUCAGGUAUAUUUAUAUUCCAAUGGGAGGAUCUCACUGCAGCAUGUUUAAGACGUUGUUUUCGACCGCCAUCACAUUUGCUUUUGUAAGCUAUUGGCAUGGAAGCCAUAGCUACCUUUGGUCCUGGGCUGUGCUUAAUUGGCUUGGAGUAACAGCUGAAAAUGGAGUGAAGAGAAUGGUUUCUUUUCCAGUUGUCCAUAAUUUUAUUAACUGGGUUUUAUCCCCAAGAGGGAUUCGUCGGUUCCAUGCAGCGAUGGCAGCCGUAUCCACCACAUUCUUAAUUUUUUCCAACCUUAUCUUUCUUGGUGGAAAUGACGUAGGCAGAAUUUAUUGGAACAAGAUCUUCAAAGAAGGCUGGCCCUGGGCAACAUUUUCUGUGGUUGGAGUCUUAUAUUGCUACGCUCAUGUUGGGAUUGAGUGGCAACACACACGUUCCAAGGUUAAUAAUGCUGUCUUAAAAGAAAGGAUUGUGGAAUUUUGACACAUAACAUUCAUUUCUCCAUCAGCACAAUAACAUUUCAGUGUUUCAAGAGAAUCAGUGUCUGGUAGUGUAUGAAUCUCACAACAAGUAAAACCAGACAAAAUAAAAUAAGGACCUUUCUGAUUUCUAGAAGCUAUUGUAAUAUUAUUUGAUUUUACAACCAUUCUCUAAAAUACAACUGAUUUUAAAUAUAUUUGUUUCCAAAGUUUCUAUGUAUAAUGAAGCUGUGUUUGUAGUAAAGUGAUGUGUAUUCAGGAAAAUACUGUAAUUUAGUCACAAUGAUGAAAAGCAAUAGCAAUGAAUCUUUAGCAAUUGUCUCCCCCCGCCCCGCCCUCAAAAAAGUCCCAGAAGCAAUUACCAUGAAGUAA